GUCUGUCUGUGUGUGAUCAGCUCUAUUUAUAACCGUAUGCCAGUGAAAGCGCACAGACUGACUCUGAGACCCCUCCGUCCGGCCAGAGCCCCUCAGUCCCGCUCAGAGAGGAAAGCAGCACAGAUCCAGACAGCUGACCCAGCGCAGACAGCAUGUCUCAGCAUACUCUGAUGUCAACACAGGAGAGGAAAAUGCAGGCGGCUGCUAUUUGUAGAGAGAUCCAUGCCACUGAUGAGCUAGAGAUGGAUCUAGGGAGGAAAGUUAGCGCACCCAAGGAGAUCAUGCUGGAGGAGCUUUCCUUGGCUUCAAACAGGGGCUCCCGUCUCUUCAAGAUGCGUCAGAAGCGCUCAGAGAAAUACACCUUUGAAAGUAUUCAGAAUGAAGCCAACACACAGCACAAUAUUGAUGCCAUUUGUCCAGGUCCAAGCGCUGAAACGACAAGCAUUUUAAGCAAUGAACACUGUCUUGGAGUUGAACAGGCAUCAAAUGCACUUAACCCUGAGACUAUUGCUCCAGGUUACAGUGGUCCCCUGAAGGAUGUUCCAACAGAGAAGUUCAACUGUACGGCAAUGCCCAGAUCCUACCAGUCGCCCUGGGAACAGGCCCUCAUAAGUGACCCCUCUCUGGCCGAAACACUGGUCGCCCGCAUGCCUGAGCCACAAACCAGACAAGAGAUUCCUCAAUACAAGAGCUUCAACAGGGUGGCCAUUCCAUUCGGUGGUUUCGGGAAGGCACCCAAAGUCCCUGUUAAAUCUUUUGAUGUGAACCCCAGCCUCCCCGUUGCAAGCCCGAUGCGUGCGGCACCUGCUCCAGUUAAACGGCCCACCUUCAACAGGACGGCCUCGGGCUGGGUGACCGACAGCGCCCCUCCCGUGCUUCCCAGCAUCCACCUAGAGCCCAUUUCAUCCAUGACGUCCACAUUUCUCCCCGAGUCAGAUGAACUCUGAGCGCUGUCCUUGUUUUUGUGAACUAAUUAGGAACAUAACACUUUUUAAAAGAAGUCUCUUCUGCUCACCAAGCCUGCUUUUUUUAUUCAUAGCAAUUUUUAAAAAUUUUAUUGUAAUAUAUUUUAUAAUAUAAUUUAAUCCUGUGAACACUACAAAAUGUUCAGCAUCAUUACUCUUAAUCGAGCGGCAAAUCAGCCUAUUAGAAUGACUUCUGAAGGAUCAUGUGACACUGAAGACUGAAGUAAUGAUGCUGAAAAUUCAGCUUUGCGUCACAAGAGUAAGUUAUAUUUCAAAGCAUAUUCAAAAUUAGAAUUUGACUUUAAAUUCUAAAAAGCUAUUUCACAAAUGUGCUGGUUUUACUGUAUGCGUGCCACCUUUGUCAGCAUAUAAAAACUUGAAACUACCUGGUCUCAUGACCUUAAACGUACCUUGGAGCACUUUUUAGUAAGACAAAAAGUACGUACAUAUCACUGCAGUGUAAUUUUCACGAUGUUAUGGUUUCAAAACGAUAUGAAUAUGCUGGGAGAUUUGAAAACGGAUGCUUUUGAGCAGUUUCAUAUCUAUGGGUUUUCACAGACGGCAGGUUUGUUCGGUAGAUCACGGACUACAGAGAUGAGCUUGAGAGGCGAGGCGCUACGGUUCGAAUCCUGUUCAACGAAACAGAUCAAAUCUGUGUAAAAGGAAGUUGAAAAGACACGGUUGCGUUAUUAAAUGCGUUUUUAUAUCAGUUUUGUUAACACUAUCGGGUAGGUUUUGGGUUGAAUUUGAUGUAGGGCAUGUUUACAUGAUAGAGCGUUAACUUUUAGCAACAGAUCCCGAAUAUUUCUAUUGUGAACCGCCUCAGUACAUACCUAUAAUCAACGUAAUAAAAAUGUGCCAGGGUUCAUGUACUGAACCUGCGUUUCGGUGGAAACUCUUUGAAACUGGGGUGAAACGCGCAUGAAAGGCAUGAAAAAACUGUGUUGCCCAAAAAGUGCACAGAGGUACAAAUUUUCAUGAGACCAAGUUUAAAAUAUUAAAAACAUCUGGUACAAAAAAAUCUGAAAUAUGUAUCGACAAAUACAGUCUCAGAAAAAAGGAGCUACAAAAGCUGAGUUGGUACCUUUAUCAAAAUCUCUGAUUUCUGUAGAUUAUUGCAAGUGCCUCCUAAUAUUGAUCUAUACCUUUUCACUAAGCUGGUGCAACCCAAAGACUAGAAGAGCUUGCCAUUAUGCCCAUAUAAACCUGUAAAUAUGUAUUCACCUGUAUAAAGGGCCGUGACAUCGACAUGUAUUUAAAUGACUGAAUAAACACAAAGUUCAAUGAA